CUUAGUCAGGAGGAAGGAGGAGGAGGAGGAGGCCUUUCAUGGCGGCUGCGCGGCCUCUCUGAGGGAAAGCCGCUUCCUGCUGCCUCCCUCCCUCCCUGCCUGGCUUGGUUGGCGCUGAGGGGCUGCCCUGCGGCCUUCCCAGGCUCCUCUGUGCGCCCAGCCGUAAAGAGACCAAACAUGUCAGGAAUCAAGAGGACUAUAGAAGAGAUGGACCCAGAUUAUGAGGAGAUUUCAGUUGUGCAUUCAAAUAAACAUCACAAAGCAGCUGAACAAUCAGCUCGAGAUGCUGCAGUACAGAAGAUUGAAACGAUUAUUAAAGAGCAGUUUUCAGUAGAAAUGAAGAACAAAGAACAUGAGAUUGAAGUUAUAGAUCAGCGCCUUGUUGAGGCAAGAAGAAUGAUGGAUAAACUGCGUGCCUGCAUUGUUGCAAACUACUAUGCCUCUGCUGGUCUUCUUAAAGUUGGAGAGGGGAUCAAGACAUGUGAUCCAAUGGUGUUUAACCAUCCUGCUAUCAAGAAAUUUUUGGAGUCUCCUUCCCGAUCAUCAUCUCCUGCUAACCAAGGGUCAGAAACUUUGUCAGUUAACCAUUCAGAGAGUGAAUCAUCUCAGCACACGGACUAUUUGAUGGGAAAGGACAAUGGUAAUCUGGAUGCAGAAGAUAGAUUGCCACACAAACUCAGUCAGAGACUGAGUAAGAAUUCUAGUCAGAGCACCUCUGGUGUUGCAAGAGAUCACAAAGUGGGUCAAAGGAAGGCUAAUCUCUCACGUGAGGACCAUUCACGACUGUUUGUGAAGAAAACCAUUGUGGUUGGCAAUGUCUCCAAAUAUAUUCCUCCUGAUAAGAGAGAAGAGAAUGACCAGUCCACUCAUAAAUGGAUGGUGUAUGUACGAGGGUCCCGGAGAGAACCCAGCAUCGAUCAUUUUGUUAAGAAAGUCUGGUUCUUCCUUCAUCCCAGCUACAAACCAAAUGAUCUUGUUGAAGUCAGAGAGCCCCCUUUCCACUUGACCAGACGAGGCUGGGGAGAGUUUCCUGUGCGAGUUCAGAUUCACUUUAAGGAUAGCCGGAACAAAAGAAUCGAUAUCAUACAUCAUUUGAAGUUGGAUAGAACAUACACUGGUCUACAGACGCUAGGUGCUGAAACGGUUGUGGAUGUUGAGUUGCAUCGUCAUUCUCUGAGAGAAGAAUAUCUGUUCUCCCACUCAUCAGAUUCUGAUCUUUCUGAUGCCUCCAACUCAUUGCAUUUGCCAUUAAAUAUGCCAGCUCCUGUGAAAUCAUCUUCACCAAUAAAGCAAAUACAUGAACCUAUUGCAGAUGCUUCUACUGAAAAAGGUUUUAGUACUGAAACUGAGAGACAUACAGCCUUUUAUUCCCUGCCAUCAUCUUUAGAACGGACUCCCACUAAGCUUGCAACCCAGAAAGUUACUUUUGGCUCUCAUGGCAACUCAGCUUUUCAGCCCAUUGCAGCUAGUUGCAAAAUCAUACCUCAAGGCAGAAUUCCAAGCCCUGCUGAAUCUCCCGGCAAGUCUUUCCAGCCAAUCACCAUGAGCUGCAAGAUUGUAUCAGGGUCUCCAAUAUCAACCCCCAGUCCUUCUCCGCUACCUCGUACCCCAACCUCAACUCCAGUGCAUAUGAAGCAAGGGGCUGCCACCCCAAUAGUCAAUAACCCUUACGUUAUUGUGGACAAACCUGCCCAAACAGUUGGAGUAGUGGCUGCAAGCACAGGAAGCCCUGCAAGUAAAGUUACAAAUGUUUCCCAGGCUUCUCAUGGGGCAGGGUCUCCAGUCUCAAAGAUCCAUGGAAGCAGUUUUGUAACCUCUACUGUUAAGCAGGAGGACUCACUCUUUGCAACCAUGCCCCCUCUUUGUCCAAUUGGGAGUCAUUCCAAGGUACAAAACCCUAAAUCUAUGACAGGAGGACCUGGAACGUUUACAAAGGUCAUAAUAAAGCAAGAGCCUGGAGAACUUCCCCAGCAAUCGCCAGCGCCAGCAACUGGGACAGUCUCUCAGGCUUCAGUGCAGCAAUAUGUUACUGUGAAAGGGGGUCACAUGAUCGCUUUGUCACCCCAGAAGCAGAUUGUGAGCACAGGAGAGGGGUCAGCAUCAUCUAAGAUUGUUAGUGUUCCAGUUGGCUCAGCUUUACCAGCAACAGUCAAGCAAGCUGUGGCCAUUGGCGGUGGGCAGAUACUAGUGGCAAAAUCUGGCCCUUCAGUAGCAAAGACUGUCGGAGGAAAACAAGUUUUAACCCAAGGAGUGGCAAAAGCUAUUGUGAGUAGCGGUGGAGGAACCAUUGUUGCUCAGCCAGUACAGACGUUAACAAAGGCUCAGGUUCCAUCAACAGGAGUUCCAAAGAGUGGACCCCAAGGUUCAGUAAUGGCAACACUGCAGUUACCAGCCACCAAUUUGGCCAACUUGGCAAAUCUACCUCCUGGCACAAAACUGUACCUUACUACAAACAGCAAGAAUCCUUCUGGGAAGGGGAAGCUGCUGCUCAUACCUCAAGGAGCCAUUCUGCGGGCUACAAACAAUACCAGUCAGCAGUCAGGCUCUUCAGCAAGUGGAGGUGGAGGAACUCAAAGCACAAGCACUGGCUUAUCUCAGCAUCUCACCUACACUUCUUACAUCCUCAAACAAACACCACAGGGCACAUUUUUAGUUGGCCAGCCAUCUCACCAGAGCUCUACAAAGCAAGCAGCAUCAGGAACAGUUGUGCAAAGCAGUGCGAGUGCUGGAACAUCAUCUUCACAAGGACAUCAGGCACUAAAAGUAAUAACGGGACCCAAAACAGCUGCUUUAUUUGCACAGGCAGCUUCCAGUGGGCAAGCUUCACUGAUGAAAAUAUCAGAUAACACACUGAAAUCAUUACCAGCAUCAUCACAACUCUCAAAACCUGGCACCACUGUACUAAGAGUAUCUGGCGGGGUGAUCACUACAGCGACAACUCCAGCUGUGACACUUCCAUCAAAUGGAGUAGCUCAGCCAGUGGAUAGUGCAAGUUCUAGCUCAUCUCCAACUGGAGGCCCGAUAGUGAAAGCAUCUGGACAACAGCACCAAGGUCCUGUCAGCCAUGGGCAAACAGCAUCAGCAGUACCUAACAAAACAAGUGCAUCUGCUGUUGUAAGCAUUGCUUCUUGGGUUACUGCUCCAGCUUCAACAUCUGGGAAGACAGCAGUAUCAGGGGUGUUAAAGAUCCACUCCAGUCAAAACAGUCCACAACAGGCUGUUCUGACAGUGCCCAGCCAACUCAAACAACUUGGUGUGAGUGCUGCCUCUGGAGGGGUCCAGACAAUACUGAUGCCUGUAAACAAAGUGAUACAGUCACUCUCUUCUAGCAAAGUUUCUGCCGUUACACCUGUAACUUCAGCUAAUGCAACUAUUCCAAGCCCUUCCACAGUGUCUGUUGCAAAAGUUAAAGUAGAGCCUGAUUCUUCAGGGCAAAGCUGCAGUUCCCUGGUCUCCCAAGAUGGUGCAGUAUCAGUAAAAGCAGAGGAAAGCUCUGAACUUGGAAAUUAUCUCAUUGGGACAGACUACUUAGACGAUCUUCAGCAACUUUUGACAGCAAUAGUGAAGAAAGUUCCAUUAAUUGCUGAGAGAACUGAAGAUGGCAAUUCAUUCUGUGCCAGUUCUGUGAAACAGUAUUAUUGCUGGAAUAUUGGGAAACGGAGAGCUUCUGAGUGGCAACGAGCACUAACAAUAAGAAAACUCCUCCAUGAAAUCAUAGAAAAAAACCCCAAAUUUCACAGUAUUAGUCCUUUAAAAACCAAGCAAGUUGUCCAGUGGUGUCGCUCCCAUGGCUAUACGCCACCUGACCCAGAAACCUUUAGGAAUGAAGAUUCCAUUGAGGAUGUGCUGACACAAAUAGACAGCGAGCCAGAAUGCUUAUCUACAUACACCACUGGGAAAGAGCUGUGUCGAAAACUAGAUGAGCUGGAGCGGUUCCUCAAGCAAGAGCCCGACAAUGAUGAGGAAGUAGACAUUCUCAACAUUACUGAUCCUCUGAAAAUAAACAUUAAAAAGGAACAAGAGGAGAAGGAAGAGGAGGAAAAAUUCUACUUGGAACCUCAACCUGCAUCGGAGUUUGUGCGUGAGACAGUACAGCAGGUAGGGAUUUCCUUGCAGCCUGUAGAGCUUCAUAAGAAUAUCUAUGCAUCAGUAAUAGAAGAUAUGAUUUUAAAGGCUACUGAACAAUUUGCAAGUGACAUACUAAGAAAAGCAUUGGCAAUUGGCUACCAAGCAGCUCCACGUAACAGGAAUCCAAGAGAGAUCACAGUGAUGAAUAUUCACCAAGCCAUCUGUAACAUUCCCUAUCUGGACUUUCUCACAAACAAGCAUAUGGGAAUCCUGAGUGAUGAACAGUGAUCUGAACUGUAAAGGCAUUAAUACUGUUCCAGUUGUUUCUAAAUACAUAUUUGAAGUGUUGCAGGUUGGUUUACCUAGAAUCAACAGUGGACAAAGUGGGCCACAGACAGCCUCCCUGCCAUGUUCAUGCCCCCCACCCUCAAAAAAUGAAGAGGGGUUUUUUUCCCCCAAAG